AAGAAGACGGGCCUCACUUUUUACUUUGCACAAAUUUCCGGGAACAACAAAUAAUGACCGAGUUAGGCGUUUUGCGUGCAAAACAAGCUCGUGAUGCUUGCUUGCACUGCCUGCAGGGCGGUACUGUGACAGUAUCCUGCACCUUGCCCUGCAGCUCGCGAGCGAGACUUCCAAUACGACGAGCGCAUCCCAGUUGUAGCUCCAGCAGUGUUGCGAGAAAGUUUUGCAGCGGCAGGCCUGCAGCCGCGGUGCAGCCGGACGGCAGUGGCGAAACCCUUUUGUCCCUUGAGGCCCGUGGCGACGAGUCUAUUGUGUACCCUGUUGCGCUGAAGACAUGGGAGUCAAAGCAGCACUUCGCCCGCAAUCUGCUCGCGCGACUGUCCGGCAUCAGCGAGAGGGACAUCCGCCCGUUGUUUGCGAAGGAACAGCUGCGCGCCAUCUAUGAAAAGGCGGAGUUGGCGGAUCGGCGGUUUUUUGAAAGGAAGCACGUAUUAUAUUUGGCAAAAUUUGCGGAGAAACUACUGGACGAGCGAAAGAGCAACAAUGCCCUCAGCAUAAACAACGCAACCAUUCCCCUGCCCGAACUGCACAGCAUUCUAGGUGAGGAGCUGCGACGCGCAAAGGAAAGCGAUGGCUGCACGCUUGGUGCUUCAGCGGACGGAGAAGAGACCAAGGCUCAUGGUCAAGAAGCGCCGGAUGGUGCGCGGCCUGCUGGAAAGACCGACUCAUCGCGUGCAGUGGCCACGCCCGUUCCGUUUCUCGUGAAGAAAGAUCGCAACCUGCGCGUGGUUCGUAUUGUGCGUAAAAACGUCCCCUCCUCAGAGUCAAGAUGGACACUGAGCAACCUAAAUCCAGAAGUUUUGGGAGUCACGCAUGAAAAGUUGCUGUCUGGAGUGUAGGGCAGGUCAGCGAGGGCAGUCGCAUCACAGACCCAUCUGCUCCUCCUGUUUGCAGCAUUUCAGAAAUUGAAAAUAAACACGACUAGAAAAAAUGCGUCUCAUGAUGAGGAUGCGCAUUGCGAAUGUUCCACGAUCCUGUAGAUGCAAAAACCAUGCGACUACAAUUCUGGGAUUGGGACGUUUCUCCGCCGGAUAGUUCGCAAGCUCGCAUUUGCCAUGGAAGAGCAGCGGAUGCGUCGGUCGGACGUGCGUAACAAUGUUGACGGCUGUACUAGUAAUCAAGAUCAUGCGAACGUGGGAGGACCCACCUCCUCGGAGGAUGAAUUACGGAAACGGCUACUUGCGUCCUGCCGAACGAUUAUUCAGGAGGGUUUGCGGAGUUUCGACGAGGCAAUAUAUUACAAGUGGAGUCGUCCGAAAUUUUCGCCGACUGAGGCUGAUCUGCCCGUGGGUGAGGAUCUUCACUCCACUGGAUCAUACAAUUCUGUGGAUGAUGAAGAGGAUGCUAGAGUGCCUAAAGCUGAUGAUGCGGCAAGUAGCGGUGGCGGGCCGGUGCUGGUGGAAAUAGAGGCAUCUUCUUCCCAGGGAGAGGUCGACCUACAGAUGAAGGAACUACGUGAGCCGCCCCCAGGCGACGUCGACGAAGCGUACUUCCAAACGAAAGAGGCGGGAGCGCGAUCACUUCGAGUGCCGCCGGACCAGGUAACACGGCAGGAGGAAUUUGCUAUGCGAAAAAUCUUCGACGCUGAGCUGAAGGAGUUUUUUCGGGCACGCAGGACGCAGGAGCAGGAGGAAGACGCAGGCCAGAGGACGAGUACAACAGCGGAGCUUAGUCAGGAGGAGUGGCUGAGCUCAACGUGGCCACCGCGUCGGUUGCGGGAACUCGUGGCUCCGAUCUCCAGCGCGGUGGCUUUUAGUUUGGAGAAUUUCGCUUCUUCUGAGGAAGCAGCAGACCAUAUUAACCAUAUGAGUAAUGCGGCUGCAGGAGUUGUACCAGGGAGGGGUAGUCGUGCUUCGUCGUGUAGUAGCGAAGAUGCCGACGUGGUCCAGAGAAGAAAUCAGUCCGGACAACAAGAACGGCCGUGGUCUACAAGGUCGGGUGGCCGGCCGCACAGGCGGCCAGGACCAGUGAUGGUGCCGGAGAACAUCAACCCGGACUGGGAAGAAGAAGCCCGGCGUGUCGCGAAAGAGCAAAUCAAGGAGCAAGAAGCGCGGUUGCUUGUCAUGUGCCAGAAGAAGCAUCUGCGGAUGCGGCUGCGCGACGAAGUUCGGCGGCGCCGGGGCGGGGACGAUCCGCCGAGUUCGGAAGCGAUUCACAUGGCACUCAUGGAGAUUUUCGUGGAGACCGGGACGGGAGCAACAGUGACCGCGGUCACGGAUGAGGCCUUGUACGCGAAGCUGCAAUCAGCGGAGGCGGAGCUGCGCAAGCGCCGCGCACUCGAGCAGGUCCGGAAGAACCUACGGGUGUGCGUAUCUCGCCGCUACGGUGCCGUUUUGGAUUUUUCCCAACUUUUGCAGGUGUGGUCGCGAGACAUGCAGCAACAGCUCUUGAUCGAAGCAACCCUGCAACUUCACCAACCUGGGAAUGCGGUAUACAAGUGAAAAUACAAAUACUUAGAUCCAUUAUUUAGGGCGGAAAAAUCGGCAAAUAUCAUCAUUUUUGCAAGCGCACUUGUUUGGGGGGUAAAAAAAGGUUUUUUGUCGGGGGCGGAACAUCUUGGAAGCCGACACGCCUCGCGUGUCACUUCAUCUUUUCCACAGGAAACAUGAUAGCUGAGCUUCGGAGAUGCCGCAACACCAAGACCAGAAGCAGGCCACAGUGCCUUCGCUCUGUGCGUUGUCGCUCAGAUGGCCGGACGCUGUGUCGUGGGCCCGCUCUUCGAACAGUGGCCGGGCCGCCUCCCUGACCGGGGCUCGACGAGGCCCUUCGCCCGGAGAAGGAGGCCCGGCCAGGGGAGGUGGUCAGGGGGGUGCAUUUUUGCCCCUCCCGGACACCCCUUCCGGGCACCCCCUUCAGGCAGCUUUGGGGUAGCCUAUGCCGACCCCCUCAUCCCCAUUGGAAACUGCCGAUUUUGCGUGCCCAAAAAAGGUAGCCCAGAGGCAGCCCAAGCCGACCCCCCUACUCCCCCCCCUUCGGCACCCCCCCGGAAGCACUCGACUGCUGGCGCGUCCGCCUUCUCCAUAUCCGGUCGGAGAGGGAGGAUGAGAAGAUAUGUGGGCGCGUCCGGAAUUGAAUGCAGGACAUUGGGUGCGGCAUCCCGCGCCAGAGGGCCGCAGGCGGGUGGAGCUUCAACAAAGUCCGGCGGUUUUAUUGGAAAAAGGGGAGGGCCGGAUGGCGGACCGUAACACCGAAGUGCGGCGCCAACAUCUAAAUGGCCAACAGGAAAAAAAGCAGUACCUACACCCCCAACAGCCAGAAUCUUUUUACCCCCCCAAAAAGUGCGCUUGCAAAAAUGAUGAUAUUUGCCGAUUUUUCCGCCCUAAAUUAUUUAGAAGAUUUAGAUUACUGCAUGUGGGAAAAUGUAGUGGCAUAAAUAUGGCUACGUAGUUUUUCGAGAAGAAACCUGCUGCUUCAUGCCGAAGAACCUUAUGCUGUGCCAAGAAAAAUCUCUUUUCCAGGGUAAGGAUCUUGUUGCCCUGUUGCGAUACCAGAUCGAUAAUUCGCUGCGACUGCCAGAAGUUGCGGAAAAGCUGAGAUUGCUCGUGCACUCGAGCCUGAAAAAUCAGAUGGCUGCGGAGGCGUCCAAAAUCGGAUUGGCCUUUGAUUCGGCGGAAUGGGACGAACAGGUAAAAAAGCGAAUUGAUUUUUAAAGAAAGGCUCGCGCUUUCUAUGCAAAGUAAACACCUGUCCGCCUCGGCUUUGUACUCAUCACUUUUGUGAAGUAGCUUUCCGUGCGUUCCCCUAAAAGUUUUAACAUACGAGUAAAUUCAACACAGAAGCUCGACCGUGUUGCAAACGUAAUGGCGAGUGCGUACCGAAAAACGAAAGUCUUUGACCAGGCUCUUGCGAAGAACAUGAUACGGAGUCAGCUCGUUACGCGAUCGGACGACAAGACUACGACUGCUCCUGCGGGGCACCGGUCAGCAAAUCUAAGUCUCGGCGGAAGAGAAGAUAAGGAGUCGCUGAUCAACGACAAACCAGGGCCCCAACGUCAUGCACUGUCGUCAGAAGAAGAUUUUCAUGCAAGGAUUCGGCAAAAAAUGAAGCACAGUAUCGCUUCUGAUGACGUGUAUUGAGCCGUGUUGUAGUUGUCUGUUUUGAGACCGUACCUUGGGUUAUGAAAUGACCUUUAAUCAUGAGGGUCUUCUCAAGGACUGGGUUUCGGCUUGAUAGCGGGCCAUCUGAAUGUGUAAAAGCGCAUUAAUUUGACGCAAUGAACACUCCGUCAGUAGCUGUGGUGUGCGCAAGCAAGUGAAAAAGUUCCGCCGG